GCUAUAUUCCUCCCCUCCUCCUCCUCCUCCUCCUCCUCCCUCAUUCUUCUGCUGUGACAUCUUGUUUUGACAAUGAAAAAUUGGGCAGCUCCGCUGAUAGCAUCCGCGCUAUUUGCGUUUCUGUCGCCAGGAUUGGUGUUUCAGAUGCCCGGCAGGGAACGUCCCUUCGAACUCAUGAACAUGAAAACGAGCAUCGCAUCGAUAUUGUUGCACGCCGUGAUCUAUGGUUUGCUCAUCAUUCUGUUUCUUGUUAUUCUUGACAUUCACGUCUAUGCUUAGGAUCCAAGAAAUGCUGUGGUUUUGGCACACCAGCUGAAAGGUGGAGUUAAUUCUGUAGUUUCACUUGCUUUUAUUUACUAUUUGCUAUUUACCUUUUUACCUUCCUGAAUUCCGCUAUGUGACAUGAAGAACUCAUAGCAAAUGAACUUACAGCAAUCUUUCUACUUUGCAAGGAUCUUUAUGCUUUCAUUUACCUUCCAUAAUCUGCAUAAAUGUUAUUCUUUCA